CUUGGGAACUGUGACGGACUGAGCAAGCCUGUGACACAGCUCUGAUCUAGGAUUUGAUAUCAAGUAUGGUGUACUAUGGUCCGUGCAAUCCAGAUUCGCGAUACAUGUAUGGGGAGAGCCAAACUGCUGGAAUCCUUCCUCUGAGGACAACGACUGCAAGUACGUCUUUCGGGCUCUAGGAUUGAGACAUUGGAGGAAGUGGUCAGUGCGAUACCAACUUUGCAAUUCAUAGAAAACCGCUCUGUGGCUUUCAGGCCCUGGUAGAGGAGAGGUCGGUUUGGACGAUAUAUCUACAUCAUCGACCUCAAACUUCGUUUUUAGACCCACAUCGAAUCCACUCCACUGCCACUGGAAGUGCAGAGACCUACUAUCUUAUGUUCCUACUUGCUUCCUUAAGCACCGUACAACAGCAUCAUUGCCAUGUCUACAGCUCUUGGAGGUUACGGUGAGCCAGAUGUCAACCAUGGACCGAAGCUGUUGGCAGCCACUCUCGUGGUUACCAUUGCUGCCCUCCUCUCUGUUUCGGCCAGAAUGUGGGUGAGGAAGAUCAUGAUCAAGUCUGUGGGCUGGGAUGACUACUUUAUUUGUGGAGCAAUGCUUAUAUCACUCAUUGCGGAAGCACUAACAAUAGCCGAUGUAAACUACGGUGCAGGUCGUCAUGAGGUUUACCUUACGGAUGCCGCGAAGUUGUCCUAUGGCCUGUAUCUCAACUUCAUCAGCCAACCGUUCUUCCUGGUUGCUGUUGUGUUGGUUAAAGUGAGCGUUGGGCUCUUCCUUCUAAGGCUGACGCCUUCGCAAUUCUUCCACCGCUUUAUCUGGUGCAUGAUUGGAUUUAUGGCUAUGUAUACGACAGUAUCUUUGAUAACGAUCCUGACACAAUGUCGACCUUUGACGGUCAUCUGGGAUCCUAGUGUCAAAGCAAUCUGCUUCACACCUCUCGGUCUUCGAGCGUGUGCAUAUUUUAAUGCUACAUGUGGCAUUUUUGCAGAUCUGGUCUUUGCAUUGCUCCCUAUCCCAAUGUUGUGGAACGUCAAAAUAAAUAUGCGGAUAAAGAUAGCUCUAUUUGCCAUCUUGUCGUUGGGUCUUUUUGCUACUGCAGCCUGUGUAGUCAAGGUCGUAUACCUCUCAUCGUACGGAAAGUACAACGAUUUCCUCUGGGACAGCGUCAAUAUCACAAUCUGGACAUCUUGCGAGCUCAACAUUGCCAUCUUCGCUGCCUCGAUUGCUACACUCAAACCUCUAUUCCGAGCCACCUUCCAAAACUCGACUUUUGGUUCUGGUUACAACAACAGCAAAGACAAGUCUAUGGACAAGAGCGGUUUCGUCAAGCAUAUCAGCAACUCUGGAGGCACGAGCAAGAUCGGUGGGACAUUGAGCAAAGACGAUGAUUUUGAGAUGUACUGCAAUGUGAUCACAGCCAGUGGGAAGAGAGGGCGCAUAGAUGUGGACAAUGAGUCGGAGGAGAGCAUUCUACCAUUGCAGAAUCCGGGGAUUCUGAAGACCACACAAGUUAAUGUCUCAGUCGACCGUUAUGGUGCCGACGAGAAGGUUUGAUUUACAGAAGAGAGAACUCUCUUCACAGGCUGAAGAGCUCUUGCAUCGGCGAACUCAAGGAAAGGGUACCACCACCCCAAAUGCGAAGAUACCCAGGGCCGCACACGAGAUGAAGGCGCGAUGGCGAAUGGCGAGAUGUUGCUUUUGUAUCAUUAGUCUGGCUGAGGGCGAUUUUCUUACAGGUGGUUACUGUAGAAGAAGUGUUUCAUAC